GUGAAGUGUCCCUUUGGUACUUUCUACGAUGAUGGCAUGUGCGAGGCAUGUCCCCUUGGCUUCUACCAAGAACACUCCGGACAGUUGGAUUGUACUCCCUGCCCGGGGUUUGCUACAACACCUGACACAGGGAUUCCAUACCACACCAUGUGUCUUGCUCCUGAAUCCCCUGGCCAGUACCUGUUGGUUGCCAACGGUCAAAAUACACUGACCAAAACUCACCUGGCAUUCCAAAAUGAGAGUAUUAUUAACCUCUCUGACAUCACCGGUAGUGUAACUCACCACUUCUACAGCGCCACUGACAACUUCAUCUACUACAGCACGCAAUCUCCAGCCUCCAUUAGAAGAAUCCGAUGGGAUGGCAACUUGGGGCUUACCAUAAUAAACCUGAAAGGGGAGGAGGUUACAGGAUUGGCUGUGGACGAGAGGUCAGGACUUGUGUUCUAUACCCUGCGCACUGGCUCCCUCAGGGCUGUGACCUCUGACCGUUACACCGAAGAUGACAUAGUCAUACUCGAUGGACUCAAUGGCACCCGUGACCUAGUCCUGCACCAAGAAACAUUCAUGAUGUACUGGUCAGAGGGGCAGACAAUCCAGCAGUACCGUUAUGGCAAUGACUCAAGAACAUUACUCAAGAACACUGGACAAGACGUUCUUGGUCUCAGGCUCAACCCAGAAGUUGACAGACUGAUGUGGUACAGCAAUGGACAACUCAUGAGCUGCGACACCGACGGUGAUGACGUCACAAAUCUAGUAGACAACGCAAGUCCGCUUUUUGGUCUCGUGAACGACUACUACUUUUAUGCCAGUGAAACGGGACUGUUCAGAGUCAAUGCUGACGGUGUUACACGCGCGCAAGUGAUGUCGCUGACGUCACCUCCAACCAGCGUCUCAGUCAUAUCCACCAACCACCAGGAUUGGGGACCUCUGAAAUGUUGUGGCGAUGUUCCUUACGGUCAGGCGUGUUGGCAGAUCGAUCGUUUCGAGAUCAAACGUUUGGGGACUGAUGAGACCCAUCACGACGAAGUAUAGUUCUUGACAUGUACAAUGUUCGCACAUAUUUUACAGUAAAUAUGAAAGCGCUCUGUGUAAAGUGAUUGUUUUCAUUAUGUUUUGCUGAGAUCCGAAAAGGGCCUUCAGAUCCAUUGACAACGCUAUUGAACUUGAAACCUGAAAUAGAACAUACACAUGUGUAGUUUAAGGGUAAAAUAGCUAAAAAGGAGCUGCACAAGAAUUGUUUACUUGUUAGGUUUGUUUGCUUCAGUCAAUGCAUGGAAUGAAAUGAGAUGCUUCUGGCGUAAAUAUUUCUGGUAAUUUACAA